UCUUCUUUCCACACAUUAUUUAUAAACAAUUCUCAGUCUAAAGUCUUAUGUUCAGUCUAAAUCCAAGAAAAAAACCAUUAAGCUGCUUAAAAAAAGAAUCAUAUACAUUCUAACUUUGGUUGAGUAAGUGAAAUUGAAAGGAGAUGAAGAGAAAUUGAUAAAUUAAUUUGGACAUCAUUUGAAGGGAUUAAAUAUUAAAAAUUCUAAUGUAUUCUUUCUGGUAGUUUUUAAUGGACUUUUGCUGAAUAAGACUGAAUGAUGAGGUUUUAUAUGCUAGUAGGUAAAAGUUGAGCUAUGGGAUAAAGAGGUUUUUUGUUGAAAUAUUAGAGAAGGGCAUUAGGUUACUGAAAAUGUUUCCAUUUGUCUUGAUGAAAGGGAAGUAAUUUAAAAAAUUGUUUUCAUUUUAUAUAUUUUUCCUCCUUUUCCCCUUCCCCUUUUUUCUUUUCUUCUCUGCAAUUUUCAUUGUUUCUUUUUUAAUAUUUCUCUUCGUUUGUAUUCUUUAUCUUUUUAAACUGCAAUAAAAAUUGUUAUUUUAAAAAAUGUGACUUUUGGUGGCUAAAUUAAAAAUUAAAUGAAAUACAUAUAAGAUAAAUAACCUUGUACCAAGCCUUGAAGGUCUUCGAGGAUCAGAAACGUUGGAGGUGAGACAAGGUUUCUUGAAGUUUUUAAGCUUCAGCAUUUCUGAGUAGCUGCUUUGGACAGAGUUUCAGUUCAGUUAGCUGGCAUGUCCUCAUUUCUGACUAACCGUUCCAGGAUUUUGUAUUGUGCAUCCUGUACCACAAACAAUGAAACCACAUACACAAACAAAAGUAGUCAGGCCAAUAUUUUUUAAAAAAGUAAUGAAGCGUUUGCUUCUGCUUAUAGGAUGUACAGUUCUCAUAUUUUGCAGUAUCAUGCUCAGAAAAGAAUAAUUGCUCCAUCUGUUCUUUUUUAUAUUCCUGUUUCUGACAUUUAGAACACUGGGAGUCUUUAGAGGUAAGGAUUACAAAAUCUUUCUUUUGAAAGAUUAUUACAAUUAUCCUGUACCUUGGUUUUAACUCUACAUGCAUUCCCUGGGUUUUGUUUUCUGAUCUUAAUUUGCUUUGCAUCGGGAUGUUGUAACCAGACUUUAAUUUCCUUCAAGGAGACCUGUUGAAAUCACGGAUAAUCAUGACAAUGCAUCUCCUUUAUCUCAGGACUAAGCCUGCAUCUAAGUAUUGAAAUUAAUAUGAUGUCUAUAAGAUUCUAUUUUUUUCUACAAAAAUAUUUACAAUGAAGAUAUUUAAAAUAUAUACAGAUGAAAAUGUUACAGCUGUUAAAUAUAUGGCAAAUUGUGUAAGAUAAAAAUGUAAAAAUGUUCCUAAUAAUUUUAGCUCUAAAUAUUUAACUGUAAUUGUGCCUUAAAUUUUACUUUUAACAAACAUGAAAUUAGAAUUAGGAUUAUGAAAUAACUAAGCUUACAAUAUAUUUUAACAGGUAAUACUCAACAAAAGGUGAAUAAGGAAGAUGAGAUUCUGUUUGGUUUUCAUUCUUUUAAGUUUAUUUCUUUUUCAACUUGAGGCUAACCCUGAAGUCAGAAUAAGAAUUACACAAAGGGGAUUGAAUUAUGCAAAAGAAAUUGGAAUGAAGCUCCUUGAACAAGAACUAAGGACAAAAAUAUUUCCAGAUGAGAUCGGCACUGAGAAAUUCUUUUUUGGCAAAGUUGACUACACAGUAUCAAGGAUUCAAAUCACAUCUAUUUCAAUAUAUAAUUCUUCUGUGGUCCUGAUACCUGGAAAUAGUAUUAGACUAUUAAUUAAAAAUAUUUCUGUGACAGUUACUACACACUGGACCUUGAACAGCUGGCUGAUUGACUAUCAGGGAGAAGUUGAAAUAUCAAUUUUAGGACUGUCUAUUACAACAAAUAUGAUAGUGGCACAAAAUAACAGAGGAGAUUUUCUGGUGUCUGUUCAAAACUGCCAAUUGAGCACUGGUAAUAUUGAAGUCCAGCUUAAUAGUGAAGGAAGGUGGUUUUAUAAUGCUUUUGUUCAACAUUUGGAAAAGGUCAUACAUACAAGAUUGGAAAACCAACUGUGCCUAAAUGUUAUAUUAAGAAUCCAAAAGGAAACUGAAGUACUUAAAGGAUUAAAAGGUGUAUUCCAGAUUAAUCCCUUUAUCCAAGUAAAGUAUUCACUUAUUAAACCUCCUGAAGUCUUUAAAUCCUAUGUUGAUCUGGAUUUUAAGGUUUCUGUGUAUUUUUCAGGUAAUCAUACAGAGUCUCCCUUUGUGGCAGCUCCCUUCACUCUUCCAGAAAAGAACAACUAUAUGCUCUUCGGUGGAAUUUCUGAAUCUUUGCUAAACUCUAUUACUUUAACUUAUUACACUACAAGAGUGUCAAAGAUAACCUUUUCUGAAGAGCAUUCCUCAAACUUUAAUUUAACCACAGAUAUCUUAAGCAGAGUCAUUCCUCAAGUUAUGCAGCAUUAUGCCAAAUCACAUCCACUGAGAAUGAAAUUAAUGGUCACUGCAGCUCCAGUUUUAAGGUUGCAAAAUAAUAGUUUCACUAUAGAGAUUCCUUGUUUUGUAGUAGUAUCUGCUCUUCUGUCAAGCGCAAUGAUUAAGCCCAUCUUUGCCGUGAAUGCAUCUAUAGGUUUGAAAGCCAAUGCAGUAAUAGCUAAACAAAAGCUAAUUGUCUUAUUACAGCUCCAGAGAUUAUAUCUGUCUCUGACUUAUUCAAGCAUUGGCUCUUUCCAGGUCCAACGUUUGAAGAACUUCUUAUCUUACUCCUUACAAAAUACCGUAAUUCCACCAAUCGCUGCUGCACUGAAGAGAGGAUUACAGUUACCCAGAAUGGCCAAACUUGUUUUUUCUGAAGCUGUGACUGAAGUUAACAAGGGAUAUAUACUGAUUUCCACUGACCUAAAUUACAAAUAUUAAGAAAUCAGAUGUUUCAUCAAGUGGAAGAAUUACUGUGGAAUACUUAGCACCCUGUAAGCAGUUUUCUCGAGAUGAUUUUAAAGACUAUCAUUCAUUGUUUGAAAUAAGUGUAAAAAACAAAACAUUGUCUAUAAACUUCCAAAUGCUGUGAAUAAAUAAUUGGUUGGUAUAACCACAUCAUAUUUUGAAAUCUUAAAAGUUUGUGUGAUAUCAUUAUUACUGUUUGUGAAAUAAUCUGUUAGUAUUUUCCAAUUUUCUCUCUCAGAUAGGGCAUGCAACCUCUGUGUUUUGGAAUUAAAGUAUUUAUUUUAAGAAAGGAGGCAAAUGUGUAAAUAUUUCUUUGGGCCAAGAAAAAGCACUUUCAUAAUGGUCUAGCUUAUGAAAAGACAUCAUGGAGCUGAUUAUUUUUAUGCUUCUCAAGACCUAACAGCAUGC